AUGGCCGCAAAUACCGCAGAAAAGGACGAAAUCCGCGAGCAAAUCGCGCAAGAGCUUUUGCAAACCUCGUUCGCAUGCUCUUCCCUCUGUCGCUUAUCCGGCGGCACCGCCAAUUUCGUCUACCGCGGCACACCCUCCUCGGCGUCCCCAGAUUCCAUCAUCAUUAAGCAUACUAAGGAUUAUGUGGCUUCCAAUCGGGAUUUCAAGCUUGAUGCGAAGCGUUGUCAUUUUGAAGAAGCCAUCCUCCAAGCACUCGAUGGUGGUCUGCUGUCCUUCUCUCAGGGAAACAUCACGGUCAAAACACCACGGGUCUUCCAUUUUGAUCGAGAAACAAACACGCAAGUUCUGGAGGAUCUCCCCAAUUCCCUCGAUCUGAAACAUUUUCUCCUCUCCGAGCUAGCGCAGGACGUGUCAGAGUCCUCGGCGCGUUCGCUUGGUUGCUCCCUAGGAUCCUGGCUACGAUCGUUCCACGAAUGGGGAACCAAGCCGGAACAGAAGGAGACCAGGGAUUUGAUCAAUCAGAAUGGGACAAUGAAAGAUCUGAAGUUCUACGUUAACUAUUCCAUGCUGUUGGACACUAUUGCGAACUUCCCGGACAUCCUAGAAGAGAGUCGAGGCGUUUUUGAGGAAGUUCACAAAUUUGCGGCAGCAGAGCUGAAGAAAGAUGAUCAGGAUGAUGAAUACGGACUUAUCCACGGCGAUUUUUGGACUGGAAAAGUCGGUGGUGCUAACGUGAUUAUUGUCAGCCUGCUCAUCCCGAACGCACCGCUUGUUGACCAGUCCAAAGCAACGUUGUUCAUCAUUGACUGGGAACUGACGCAAAUCGGGAGCCGAGCAUUGGAUCUGGGCCAGAUGAUUGCCGAAUUAUACGAAACAAAGCUCUUCAAAGAGGUAGACUGUGGGAUGUGGGUUAUUGAAGGAUUCUUGGAAGGAUACGGGCCUCUUAGCGACAAAAUGGCAUUUCGGACUGCGAUCCACGUCGGGGUUCACUUGGUUUGCUGGGGAAGUAGAGUGUCUGGAUGGGGCAAUCAGCAGCAAAUCGAGGAGGUUGUGAAGGUGGGUAGAAACCUUAUUGUGCAAGGGUGGAUGGAGAGCAAGGCAUGGUUCGAAGGGAGCAGUCUGAAAUGCCUCUUCGAGCGCUUUGCGCGCGAAAUGCCACGGUAA